AUGUCUUCCGAGCCCACGAAAGCGCCGCCCACCCCCGAAGCGGGCGUCCCCGCAGCCACCGUCAGCAAUAAACAACGGAAGAGGGACGCCAGGAAGGCCGAGAAGGCGGCCAAGUACGCGCAGGCGCAGCAGAAGCCCGCCGCCGAGGACCCCUCACCGGAGCACGAGCAGCAGAAGCAGCAGCAGCCCGCCGCCACCGAGGACGACCCCUCGGCGGCCAACUACGGCGACGUCGUCCCCGGGGAGAUCCUCCCCGCGGCGGUCCCCGACGAACCGUGGGCCGAGAUCGGCCACCUCGACAAGGCCGCCGCCGGCCGCUCCGUGCUGGUCCGCGCGACGGCGGAGGCGGUCUACCGCGGGUCCAAGACCAAGAACGUGGCCUUCCUCAAGCUGCGGCAGGUGCUGAGCACCGUGCAGUGCGUGCUCGCCGGCAGCGCCCAGAUGAUGCUCUUCGCCUUGUCCCUCCCCAAGGAGUCCAUCGUCGUCGUGGAGGGCGCCGUCGCCCUCCUCGACGAGCCCCUCAGCUACACCACAGUGCAAGAGGUGGAGAUUAAGGUGAGGAAGCUGUACUGCAUCAGCAGGGCCGACCCGAAGCUACCCAUCAGCGUCGAGGACGCCGGCCGGAGUGCGGCGGAGUUUGCAAAAGCUGAAGCAAAGGGAGUGCCACUUCCCCGCGUUGGUCAGGAGACACGCUUGGACUAUCGAGUUAUUGAUGUGCGGACACCGACCGGUCAAGCCAUUUUCCGUGUACAGCAUCAAGUUGAAAACAAAUUCAGGGAAUAUUUGUCGGCAAGAGAUUUUAUUGGGAUCCACACCCCAAAGCUGAUUUCAGGGUCAAGUGAAGGUGGAGCAGCAGUAUUCAAACUUGAAUAUAAGAAUGGCAAGUCUGCUUGUUUAGCACAAUCCCCUCAGCUGCACAAGCAGAUGGCUAUCUGUGGUGGGUUCCGUCGUGUCUUUGAGGUUGGGCAUGUGUUUAGAGCUGAAGAUUCCAACACACAUAGGCAUCUGUGUGUGUUUGUUGGUUUGGACGCUGAAAUGGAGAUUAUGAGGCACUACUUUGAGGUUUGCGAUAUUGUGGAUGGAUUAUUUAUACAAAUUUUCAGACACUUGAAUGAAAAUUGCAAGAGGGAACUUGAGGCAAUUAAUAGGCAGUAUCCAUUUGAACCACUGAAGUACCUAGAGAGAACCUUGAGGCUCAGUUACGAGGAAGGAAUACAAAUGCUGAAGGAAGCUGGAACAGAAAUCGAGCCUAUGGCUGACCUCAACACUGAAGCUGAGAAAAAACUUGGUCAGCUUGUUAGGGAGAAGUAUGACACUGAGUUUUUCAUUCUCUAUCGAUAUCCUUUGGCGGCACGCCCCUUCUACACCAUGCCUUGCUAUGAAAACCCAGCGUACAGCAACUCUUUUGAUGUCUUCCUUCGAGGUGAGGAAAUAAUUUCCGGAGCACAAAGAAUACAUGAACCCAAGCUGCUGGCCAAGCGUGCGGCGGAGCAUGGAAUCGGUAUGAGUUCCAUCAAGUCAUACAUCGACUCAUUCAGCUACGGCACGCCUCCUCAUGGCGGGUUCGGGGUCGGGCUGGAGAGAGUGGUCAUGCUGUUCUGCGGACUGCACAACGUCCGGUUGGCAUCGCUUUUCCCUCGUGACCCGCAGCGGCUGAGCCCAUGA